AUGGCUGAUCCUCUGGUUACUAGGUGCCUUUACUCUGGCAAAGGUUAUAUGAUUCCUUUGAAUCAAUGUAUGAGCUACUCUGAGUUGUAUGAAGACAUUUUCCGUACAUUCCAGUUUUUGCCGAGCAAUGUUAUUGAGCUUCAGUAUUCAGUUCCUGGUUGCGAAGUUUGUUUUCUUCGUAACGAUAGUGAUUUCCAUAUGUUGUUUUGCUCUGCUAGAAUACAUAGGUUAGAGUGUGUCGAUAUUUCAGUUUUAAAGAUUGGGGGAAGUUGCAGAAGAACUUGUUCAGUGGAUAGUUGUUCGGAAGUUAUUGAUGAAGAUGAUUAUUUGGGUGAUGCAUUUAGGACUGAAGUUCACAAGACGUAUUUGUCUGAUGAGUGGAGUUCUUAUAUUCAUCAUGUUGGGGAUAAGUUUCAUGGUGUUUCCGAGCUCCGUGAAAAGCUCAGGAAGUAUGCAGUUGCAGUUGGUUUCGAGUUUGUAUUCCUGAGAAAUGAUUUGGACCAUAUUCAUGCAGUCUGUGCAAAUGUUGGAACCGAAGGUUGUGAUUGGCAUCUUCGCGCUCUUUCAUCAUCUACCAAUGGUUGCCUUUAUAUAACAGAGUUGAAUAAUAUUCACACUUGCAAGGGUGUAGUUAAGACUCAAAAGCACAAGCUUUUGGGAUCCAAGGUUGUCAAGACUUGCAUUGCUGCUGAUGUUAGCUAUAGUCUUUCAUUGAAGCCAAGGGAGAUUAUGAGCAAGUUCAAAUCAACAUAUGGGUUUGAUAUUUCCUACAAGGUUGCCUUGAAAGCAAAGCAUAAGGCUAAGGAAGCGAUUUAUGGUUCCGAUGCAGACUCGUUCAGGAAGUUAUCAUGGUAUAAGGAAGCUGUUUUGCAGAGUAACCCGAGCUCUUCUUUUGUGUUGGAAGUUGACCCAUCUACUAAUCAUUUUCAGAGGCUUUUUGUAUCUUAUGGAGGUUGUGUUGAAGGCUUCCAAUUCUGUUUGCCUGUGUUGUAUGUUGAUGGAACGUUUGGUAAAAACAUUUACAAGGGUCAGAUUCUUUCUGCAACUGGAAGGAAUGGAAAUCAAGCUUAUGGAGGUUGUGUUGAAGGCUUCCAAUUCUGUUUGCCUGUGUUGUAUGUUGAUGGAACGUUUGGUAAAAGCAUUUACAAGGGUCAGAUUCUUUCUGCAACUGGAAGGAAUGGAAAUCAAGGUUUCUACCCUCUAGCCAUAUGUAGACAUUUGGUGGUGAACCUUGUCGGUAAAUAUAAGGGUAAAGGUAAUUCUGUCUUGAUAGAAGAUGUUAAGCAGAAGUUUUUUAAGGUUGCAUAUUCCUCCAUUGAGAAGGAAUACCAUUUCAAUUUGCGGUUGCUUAGAGCAGUUGGUGAUGCCGAUAUUAUUGACCAUUUUCUUGCUGAAAUCCUUGUGGAAAAUUGGUGCUGUGCAUUUUAUACUAGCUGCCGAUAUGGAAUUAUGGCUAAUGGGAUUGCUGAAUCAUUUAACUCUUGGAUUGCAAUUGAGCGUUUGAUGCCGGUCUAUUGUAUGCUGGACCAAACAAGAAUAAAACAAAUGGAGCAGAUGGGUGAGAGGAGGGAUGAGGCACAAUGUUGGACCACCGAACUAACUCCCAAAAUUGAGGAAAGGUUGAAGGUGCAGAUGGAGAAAUCUCGUCGUUUCAGUGUCCAUUGUUCUAGCCCUAGAGUUUACGAGGUUCGAUCUGACUUUUCCUAUGUAGUCAACAUUUCUGAUCAUUCAUGUUCAUGUGUGAAAUGGCAGAUCAAUUGUUUUCCUUGUCCUUACGGCCUUGCUGCAAUACAAGCUGCCUCUGAAAAUGUCUAUGAUUAUAUUGAUAAGUACUUUUGUGUUGAUAUGUUCAAGAAGAGCUACAGUUUUCCUAUCCGGCCGAUAACCAAUGUUGAUAUGUCUUCUUCUGAAUCUGCUACUGAAUGUAUAUUACCUCCCCUUGCGAAGAGACCACCCAGGAGGCCUAGGGUGAAGCGGUUCAAGUUGGUUGGAGAGGUUGAAAAAAAGCUUAUUCGUUGUGGCCGUUGUGGCAAAAUGGGCACUCAUAACAAGUUGAGCUGCACUGAACCUCUCGUUCAGCAGUAG